GGAAAUUAGAACAAAGAAAAAGGAUCUCUAUAAUGAUAUUUAAGCUAAUCAAAUUUACAAUUGCAGGAAUGGUCACAUCAAAAGUUGGCAAGCGACAUGCCCUGACCGCUUGUGAUGCCUUAAGGGAGCUCUUUGUUUCUAGUCUAAUACCUGAUCGAAAACUGAAGACGCUCUCUGUGCGGCCUCUAAAUCAUCUCCCUGACACGAAGGAUGGUCACUCUCCUCUGCUCUUAUGGUUUUGGGAGGAUUGCUUAAAGCAAAGGUAUGAACGGUUUGUUAUUGCUCUUGAGGAAGCUUCAAGAUAUGUGUUAGAUGCCCUCAAGGACAAGGCACUAAAGCUGGGAGAUCCUAAUAACAAAGUUGCAUCUAAUGCUGAUUUUCACCUAUUAAAGCUCCUUGGAGAACAUCCAAAUAUGAAGGUAGUAAGAUUUUCUUCUUGUUUUCUGCGUGGUGUCUAAGGCUUAAGAGAAGAGCCUUUCUCUCCCAAUCACACAUGGACUUCAUUAAAGGGAGUAAGGGACAAAUGAAGAAUACUUAGUACAAAUUUGAGGCCAACAUAUACUAUUUUAUGGUCAAUGAGCAACCUUUUUGUAAUCGCUUAUUAUCUUUCUUCUUGGAAUUUCUUAAAUAAACAAAACCAUCUCGCAAGUAUACAACUACUGAUGUAUUUAUAAAAAACAAUAAAAACAAGAACCUAGUUGAUUCACAA